UAUAUUUAUGGAAUCAAAGAGUCAAGAAAUAUUUGUAUGAUACUUUACAUAUCAUUUUGGUACGGGAUAGAAUAUGGAAAGUUCCGUUUUAUUUUCUUAUUUAUGGAUUAUUAUUUAUUAUUAUUGUUAUAAGUUGAUGAUAAAACUGCCUAAUACUGCUGCUAUUCUAUACCUCCCUCCAUAUGUCUUCCUUUGAUGAACCGCCGGCCGCCCCCGCCGAUCACCAGGACUCUUUCCACUGGCACUACGCUGCGUUCGACGACAACUACCGCAUCAGCCGCCAGUCCCUCUUCUUCUUCGUUGCCGUCUUCGCCCUCCUCCUCGUGCUAUUCGUCUUCGCCUUAUACCUGCGCUGGGUCUGCCGGUUCCGGGCGGAGCGUGAUCCCCACGCGCCGCCGCACAUGGCGUCGGAGGCUCAACUUGGGCUCCAACCCACCGUGAUCGAUAGCUAUCCCAUAGUUCUGCACGCAGUUGGAAGCGGCGGAGACGCCGAGUGUUGCAUCUGCCUUUCGGGUUUUCAGGAAGGGGAGAAGGUGAAGGUGUUGCCGGAGUGCCGGCACCGGUUCCACGCCGACUGCGUCGAUAAGUGGCUGAGAACUCAUUCCAGUUGCCCUCUCUGCCGGGUUUCUCUCCGAUUUGACUCAGCCGUAUGAAUUGUUAUCGCAGCAGCCGCUGGCUUCAAUGUGCUCUGUUUUUGCUUUGGCUCUGUGCAGGUAUCAAAUUAAUUGUCUCAUUUUCAUUUUUGAAAAAAAACUCCCAAGAAACAGAUCCGUCCCUGAGAGUAUCGAUCGAUCUUCAGCACCAGCGUUUAGAGUCCACCCACCAAUUCACCAAUUCACCAAUUCUCCGGUCCAGCGGCAGAAGUCAUCGCCGAUAAGUAUCUUCAUAGCAUCCCCCGCGGAGGGAUGGUCGGCCAUAUGUGUUUGUGCUCUGUGUUUUGAAUGUUGUAGACUUGCAGAUCUUCAAAAUUUGAAUGCUAUGGUACGGGAAGAGCAUUAAACAUAGAUUUCUCCGUUUUAAUAGUUGCCUAUUAAUGGAAUUCAGAUUAAUAUAAAUUUCUAGAUUCUGUUGAUAUUGAUCGAUGGAGCAAAUGGUUUAUAUAUAUACUUGUAUUAAUUAAUACAUGGAGUUACAUCUCUGUAAAGGCGUUUUACAUUUCAAUAAGUUAAAGUUACAUUUCUC